AUGGAGAAGAUGCCGGAGGAGCGGCGGCCGAAGCUCUCCGGCGCCGCGGAUGCCGGAGGCGGCGAGGACCGCCUCGGCGCGCUGCACGACGACAUCCUCAUCCGCAUCCUCCUCAAGUCCGACGACGCAGCCACAGCCGCUCGGACCAGCGUCCUCGCCCGCCGCUGGCGUCACCUCUGGGCCCUUCUCCCGGCGCUCUACUUCUUCCGCCCGACCGACCCGCGCCGCAUACGCUCUGCCCUCGCGGCCCACGAAGCUCCGGUGCUCCAAGCGCUCGCCGUCAUCGCACAGGGCGACUCUCCCGGAUCCGCGGGGGCGUGGCUUCCCAUUGCCGCGCGCCGCCUCUCCGGCACAUUGGUUUUCCGCGUGCUGCGGCGGAGCAUAGCCAUAGCUAAGAAAAGAGCCGCCUUGAAGCUGCCGUGCUUCGAGAACGCCACCAAAAUCGUGCUGCGACUAGGGUUUCUCCGCCUCGCGCUGCCGCCUUGCGGUGUAUUCACCCGGAUCCAUCUUCUCAUGCUGAUGGAAGUCCGGCUGCGUGGUCCGUGUGGGCUCGGCGAGGCUGUCUCCUCGCCGCGGUGCCCAUCCUUGCGGAGACUCGUCGUGAAGGAUGCCCAUGGCCUGGGCGACCUCACAAUCCACUCAGAAUGCCUUCAAAAAUUGGAGCUAUUUCGUCUGCCUGACUUGCAGAGUCUCACUGUCGUGGCGCCAGCACUCCAACUGUUAAAACUGGAUCAUUGCUUUGUUCUGUGUUCGAGGCAACCAGUUGCCAACAUCUCAGCCCCUCAUCUGAUGUGGCUCGCGUGGAUGGAUAAUUAUGAUCAAAACUCUGUCCAGCUUGGUGAGAUGGCAUACCUGCAAUCGCUUGUUACCCAACAUUUUAUCAUGUAUGGAGAGGAUUACCAUUCUUCACACAAUCGCAAUGGUGUGUGUCUUUUGCGGCACUUUGAGCACCUCCACCGUCCUGUUCUCACACUUCAAUGUCCUAAGGACAUAGCAAACAAGAAAUACUUCAUGGAGCAAAUAACAAGGCUUCCUGACAUUAAAUUAUUGGAACUGGGAAUAACAGCAUGUGGACAUUCCUUUGGAGCCAGCUUAUUCCAUGUUAUGAGGAUGUGUACUGCAAUAAGAGCGCUAGUUCUUGGACUUAAUGUCACACUUGAAGAUGAGGAAGAAACUGUGUGCCCGUCAGAUUGCAUUUGUGAUCAGCCACCAAGCUGGAAAACCGAGGAACUCGUGCUGAAUCGCCUUGAAGUAAUAGAAAUCUCUGGCUUCAGAGGAACUGAACAUGAAAUCAAUGCCGUGAAACAGAUAUGCAGUUGGGCAACCGUGCUAAGAAGGAUGACAGUGAAGUUCCAUGACUCGAUCACUGAAAACAAGGCUGAAGUGCUCUGCGAGUUGUUAGUAACCUUCUCUGGGCUAGGAUUAGACAUGGUUUUUAUUUAUAGGAUGCAGUGA